CCGCUGGGAGCUCCCGCCCCACUUGCUCCUCGCCGACGACCAGGACCGCGGCCUCUCCUGGGCUGCGGACUUGAAACUUAAGUUUCUGUCCAGCCGCUUAGCCAACACGCUUAGCAAGUAACUGGAAAAUGUAAGGCGAGGGAGGGACCUGGCUUUGAGUCGGAGGUUUUGAAAUCAACGGGCUUGUUUGGUUUGUGUAGGACUAGUUCGUGUGGAAUGGAUUUAAAAGUUUUUCUCGUCUUUCUUUGCUGCCCCUUGGCCUUUGCAGCGUAAGAAGGACGCAUCCAGGACGUGCUGCCUGCAGGCUGGGGCCCGAGAUUGCUGCCUCCUGCUGCUGUGUCUGCUCUUUCCCUCUUUUCCUUUUUGUUGAAAGCCACGGAGGUUGCGUAAAUGUGGGUUUACCAGCGAGUGCUCGCUUGUUAAACUUUUCCCGUGAAUGCGUUGACUCCCACUGAGAUAGACACACAUUUGCAAAAGUGAAUAUUGAAAGCAUGAACUUGCAGUUAUUCGAGCAAACCCCUCUAUUCCUUCAGGCUCUAACAGUCCGUGUUUUCCACCCAUGUGACUAAGCAUCGCUCGCCAGGCAGAAGCGUCACCGCGAGGUGAGCGGUGCAAAGCGAUUCUGGCCAAAGGGAGGAGACCCUGCGCGGGGAACACCGAUAACGUCUCGGAAGGAGAUGGUCCCUUGUCAAACCGAAGAGUGAGCCCCAGUGAAAAAGGGUGUAUAUCCUGGAGUUAUUGUCGUUUGGACAGAACUAAAUUCCAUUACUCACAACCUCCCUCUCCGCCGGCUCGUCGUGUCAGCCCCCGAUCCUCCAGAUCCGGGUAGGAGUGAGCAUAUUUGCCCCCAGCACAGGAUUGUUACCAACAGCCAGCAUUACAAGUGCACAGCCUCUCCUAGCAUGACUGCGAUCUAAUCAGCACGAGAAUCUGACUCCUGCGUCUGGCGCCGCAGGGCUGGGGCCUGGUCACUGCCCACUACAGAACCGCCAUGGCCGCUGCCUCUACUGCCACCCCUGUCAUUUCACAGCCCCAGUUCACAGCCAUGAAUGAACCACAGUGCUUCUACAAUGAGUCCAUCGCCUUCUUUUAUAACCGAAGUGGAAAGUAUCUUGCCACAGAAUGGAACACAGUCAGCAAGCUGGUGAUGGGACUUGGAAUCACCGUCUGUAUCUUCAUCAUGUUGGCCAACCUGCUAGUCAUGGUGGCCAUCUAUGUCAACCGCCGCUUCCAUUUCCCUAUUUAUUACUUAAUGGCUAACCUGGCCGCUGCGGACUUCUUUGCUGGCCUGGCCUACUUCUACCUGAUGUUCAACACAGGACCCAAUACUCGGAGACUGACUGUCAGCACGUGGCUCCUUCGUCAGGGCCUCAUUGACACCAGCCUGACGGCGUCGGUGGCCAAUUUGCUGGCUAUUGCCAUCGAGAGGCACAUCACGGUUUUUCGCAUGCAGCUGCACACACGGAUGAGCAAUCGGAGGGUGGUGGUGGUGAUUGUGGUCAUCUGGACCAUGGCGAUUGUUAUGGGUGCCAUACCCAGCGUGGGCUGGAAUUGCAUCUGUGAUAUUGAAAAUUGCUCCAACAUGGCGCCCCUCUACAGUGACUCUUACUUAGUCUUCUGGGCCAUUUUCAACCUGGUGACCUUUGUCGUCAUGGUGGUCCUCUACGCUCAUAUUUUUGGCUAUGUUCGCCAGAGGACUAUGCGAAUGUCUCGGCACAGUUCUGGACCCCGGCGGAACCGUGAUACUAUGAUGAGUCUUCUGAAGACUGUGGUCAUUGUGCUCGGUGCCUUUAUCAUCUGCUGGACCCCUGGGCUGGUCUUGCUGCUUCUGGACGUGUGCUGCCCGCAGUGUGACGUCCUGGCCUACGAGAAGUUCUUCCUUCUGCUGGCCGAGUUCAACUCUGCCAUGAACCCCAUCAUCUACUCCUACCGCGACAAGGAGAUGAGCGCCACCUUCAGGCAGAUCCUGUGCUGCCAGCGCGGCGAGAGCGCCGGCGGCCCGGCGGAAGGCUCGGACCGCUCGGCCUCCUCCCUCAACCACACCAUCUUGGCCGGAGUUCACAGCAAUGACCACUCCGUGGUUUAGAAAGGAAGCGGAGAGAGGCCAGCCAGCAUCUGUUGAGGGGUGAAGAGCCUCCCCCCACCCAAAUGCCAGGGCAAGGUGUGGGGGCGAGAGAGGGGGGGAAGCGAACUUAUGUACUUAAACACUAACCAAUGGCAGUAUUUGUUCCUAGACCCAACAAGACUUGAUAUAUGUUGAAAAUUAGCUUAUGUGACAGCCCUCAUCUGGAUCCCCAUUCCUUCUGGAAGUAGCAAGUGGAGCUCUUAGAAUGGAAUUCGUAAAUAGACUCUGGAGUGUCCAUUUAGAUAGAAGACAGUAACUAGACUUCCAAAGAUCUUGUGUGGUUUGGUGCAAGUCAGAAGAAACACUGACUAAUUGAAUCCACAACUUCAUUUACAUACAGGCUUCCCUUUUUUAUUUUUAAAGGAUACAUUUCAUUUAAUAAACAUGUUUAUGCCUAUCAGUAUGCUUGUGAUGGAUAAGACGAUAGACUGUUUUUAAACUACCGUAACUUCAUUUUUUCCCCCUUAUAUAGGAAAACUGUAAAUUAGAGUUAUUUUUUUAGAAAGCAUGCAUGUAAUGUAUGUAUGCAGUAUGCUUUACUUAAAAAAGAUAAAAGGGUAUUGAUUUUAAAUCUUCUAGGAAACAGGAGAACCUGGAUGUUAAAGCCAGUAUUUGUUUAGGUUAUGAAACAAAACAAUGCUCUAAUCACAAUAUUACCUUUUUAAAGUGUCGUAACACAUAUAAAACAAAAAAUGGGAUCUAAGUUUAUUACCAAAAUAAUAUGUACUCUAAAAAAGUCAUAGAACAAGGAGCUUAGUAAUAUUGUUCCCACAUAUUUAUGAUACCCAAGUACAUUCUAAUUAUUAGUACAUCAGAGGAAUUUUUAAAUAGCCUGUGUUUUUCUGUAUUAUGAAAUAAUACAUAGUCAUUGUAGAAAACUUGAAAAAUGCAGAAUGUAUAAAAUAGAAAAAAUAAUUACUGAUAAUAUCACAACCCAGAAGUAACCACCAUUAACAGCUUUCCCCCGUGUAUGCCUAUAUGUAUAUUAUAUACCUUUUUAUAUAAUUGGGAUCAUACUGUAAACAAUUUUAUAACCAGUUUUUUUCCACUACAGAAUUGCCACAUUUUCCUAUGGCAUUAAAAAUUUUACAAAAACAUAAUUUUUAUGGCUAUAUAAUAUUCCAUUUAAUGGAUGCAACUCAGUUUAUUUAACCAUUUCCAUAUUGUUGACUACUUAGGUUAUUUCUAAUUUUCAUUAUUAUAAAUGAUGUUGAAAAAAUUUUGUGUACAUAAGACUUUGUCCAUAUAAUUGAUUAUUUACUUAGGAUAUGUUCCCAUGAAGGAUUUUUUUAAAAUGUGAAAUGUCUUUUUAUGCUCAUACCUUUUAUAAAAAGGGAUUUCCUGCUUUGCACCUCAUGGGUGACAAUUGUGAGGAAAGCCAGUAAAAUUACCUUUUUACAAAGGAAGUUCAGUGGUUAGUGUAGUGACUUUUUUUAUAUAACAAGAAGGACUAGAAAUAGUCAACUGUCACAAAUAACCAGAAUACCUUAUUAAAAUGUCUAGCAAUUCCAAAUUUUGUUUGAGGGACCAAUUAUUAAACUCUUGGUAGCCACAACUGUAAUGCAGAAUUCAAGAAAAUGCAAAGAAAUCCAACGUGCCAAGUGAAUGAAGGAUCUUCAUAUUAAAUAUCUUGGGACCCUUCUGUAGCCAAUUGGUUGAGCGUCAACAUGUGACUGGAUACUGUGUAUUCUCUAAGAAUCACCCCAGAUAGUCUGCUACCAUAUGAGGUGACACCUGUUUAACUCACUUUCUAGGUAAACUAGGAAUUGCACGUUUGUUGUCAUAAGUAACCAGUCAAGUCACAGUCAUGAAGCAGGUAUUGGAAAGUCAGGAGUAGGGUUUAAGAGAAAGAUGUCCAGAAGAUGGUUGUCUAGGGAGGAGGGAGUCAGUGCAUGGUCACCAUUUGAACAGAGGGCUGACUAGUCAUGUUCCCAAAGUGAAAAGAAUAUGGGGAACCAGUUAGCAGAAAGGUGUUCGCACAUACUUCAUACAAUAUACAGAGCAUUCGAUGUUGGAAGUAAAAUAAAUGAACCUGGAAUUUUACUCAUGUGCAUGUAUUCUGAAGGAGAUGUGGACUAUUUAAAAUGAAAAGCAUACUAAUUGGACCUUAAUAAAUCAUUUUCAAUCAGUG